AUGAGGACCGCUUUCUCAAUUGCAGCGUUGGCUGCCUCCGCCGCAGCGUGGCCUAUGGUCAUGCAGGCCGACAACAACAUGAAGCGCGCCAGUGGAGACAUUCCCAACACUGGAGUCGGGCAUCAGAACCCGGUCUUUGACGCCAAGGAUCAAUAUGUGGACGUCACCGAUGGUGGCCCCAAUGCUUUCCAGAGCCCUGGAUCUGGCGACCUCCGUGGUCAAUGUCCAGGCCUCAAUGCCGCCGCCAACCACGGCUUCCUUCCAAGAAACGGCAAAGCCACCGCACAACAGACCGCCGAUGGUCUUGGAGCAGCCUACAACAUGAGCCCUGAGUUGGCAAUCUUUCUCGCGACCUACGCAGCGCUCAUCUCUGGCGACCCAGCUACUGGCACAUGGAGCAUUGGUGCUGGAUUCCCAGGCACUGUUCCUCUCCUCAGCAACCCUACCGGUAUCGUGGGCACUCACAACCGAUAUGAGGGUGACGCUUCCAUCGUGCGCGGAGAUGCGUACCUCAACAACGGCCGAGUUGGCGUGUUCCAGUGGCACAGCUGGAACAAUCUCUGGAACUUGGCCGGAGACGAGAACAACCUGGAUUACUACAAGAUUCACAGACAGAAUGCAUACACGCAACAGUACAGUGAAUCCAACAAUCCUCACUAUUUCUCCGCCCCCUUCUCCGGAGCUGUUACGCCUGCUGCGCACAACUUCGUGAUUGGCUUCAUGUCCAACCACUCCGCUGAGAACCCAGGUGGCUUCUUGACCCGCGAGGUCCUCAGCUCCUUCUUUGCCGUCACUGGUACCGGCGCCGGCGCUUCUGGCGACAACCCUGGCGACUUCGUGCAACAUCGCGGCCAAGAGCGCAUCCCUCUGAACUGGUAUAGGCGUCCCUCUAGCUCGCAGUCCACCCUUGCCGAUGUUGCUCUCGACCUCACCCAGACAAUCAAGGACGCUCCCAACGCCGUCAAGAUUGGUGGCAACACUGGGACUGUCAACAGCUUCGUCGGUCUUGACAUCGCCGACGUCAGCGGAGGAGCCUUCAACGCUGCCGACCUCCUGAACGGCAACAACCUCUUGUGCUUCGCCACGCAGGCUGCUCAGGCUGGCGAUAUCGACGCCCUCAAGUUCCUCACCGCUCCGCUCAAGUCCAUGUUCGAGAACGCUCUUGGAAGCCUUGGCUGCCCGGAGCUCUUGAACUACAAUGGCAAGCCUCUCGCCCAGUUCCCGGGUGCUCAAGAUCUCACAUCGACCUUGAAGUAG